UCCAUUUUAUGGGAAAAUAGUGAUGGACAACCUCCUUUAUUAAGUGGGAGAGAUAAAGUCUGCUGUUUAUUGUGAUUUGAUGGUUCCACUGGACUUCAGACAGCUGGAUCCUUUGAGCCUUGCCCCCCCCCGAGUCCUCAGUAUCACACGUUUAUUUGCAUAACACGCUCUCCAAUCUCAGGUAACUGAUCAGUCAUACACCCCUCAUGCAUGCAUGUGCUUGCGUACUUCUGUGCUCUCUACUACCGAAUCACCACGCAGUGAGGCUAAUUUCUGCAAUGGCACUUUAUAUCUCACAAAUCAUAAUUCGAUAUCCAGAAAUUCAGUAAUGUUUGCCCUCACACUAAACUUGACUAGACACUGAUUUGCCUCAGUACAUAGGCCACACACAGCUAGAGCUUUCACGUAGGACACAAGGAGGAAAUCUUCAGUAUUUCAUCAAGCUCAGUAUCCCUGAGCAGCAUCCAGGUCAGCGAUGAUUGGAUGGGUGUCCAAAGUGCAGGGCUUCAUGGGUCCCAACGUGUACCCCGAGGUUCCUGACGGAGGAUGGGGCUGGGUGGUGGCGGUAUCCUUCUUCCUCGUGGAGGCGUACACCUAUGGAAUCAUCAAGAGCUUCGGUAUCUUCCUCCAGGACCUCAUGACCUACUUUGGGGAGACCAACAGCCGCGUGUCCUGGAUUGUCUCCAUCUGUGUCUUUGUUAUGACCUUCACAGCCCCCCUGUCAUCUGUGCUGUGUAACCGCUUUGGUUAUCAGCCUGUUGUCAUGCUGGGGGGUUUCCUGGUCUGUCUGGGCACUAUCACCACUGCCUUCACCAACUCCAUCAAUGAGAUGUACGUCACCAUCGGAAUCGUCUCAGGUCUGGGUUACUGCCUCACCUUCCUCCCAACCGUCACCAUCCUCUCGCACUACUUCAGCCGGCGUCGCUCGCUGGUUACGGCACUUGCCUCCACGGGAGAGGCCCUCUCCGUGUUUGCCUUCGCCCCAGCCUUCACUGCACUGAAGGAGCACAUUGGAUGGCAAAACUGCCUGAUUGUAAUUGGGGUCCUUCAAGUUACUAUCAUCAUCUGUGGAGCCCUGCUUCGGCCCAUCGUCAUCAUACCCACGCCCGUGCCCUCUGUCCAGCCUCCACUGCCAGCCACGCCGGAUAAUAAACGGACUUGCAGCGCUGUUACCUGCGAGGAGGCCCCGCCCACGUCAUCCACACUGGGCAGUCCGAGCAUGGAGCACAAUCCAGGCCAGCUGACAGCCACUGAGCGGAAGGCUCUGGUGCAGCAGGAGGAGGCGCUGCCCCUUCAGACCCAAUCGACGUCGGGGCCAGAAGAGAAGCUGGCGUCCCCCUCGUCCCACACUAAGCUCCUGGACUUCUCAGUGCUGAGGGACUGCAGCUUCAUAUGUUACUCGCUGUUUGGCCUUUUCGCCACACUGGGCUUCUUUGCCCCGCAGCUUUACGUGAUCGAGCUGAGCGUGAGCCGGGGCAUCGAGAGGGACAAGGCCGCCUUCAUGCUGUCCACCAUAGCCAUCUCGGAAAUCUUCGGCCGGAUGUCUAUUGGCUGGAUCCUCAACAAGAAACCCAUUAGCAAAAUCUACAUCAUGCUGCUCUGCGUGCUGCUGCUCUGUGUGGUGCUGGUAGUCUUCACCUUCGUCACCCACAUCUGGGGCCUGACCGCCUGCUGCGUGCUUUAUGGGUUCCUGUUUGGCACCGUGGCCUCCACGCACGUCCCCAUGCUGGCUGAGGAUGACGUCGUAGGUUUAGAGAGGAUGUCCAGUGCUGCAGGAGUCUAUGUCUUCAUCCAGUCCUUUGCAGGGCUUGCCGGACCCCCCUUGGGAGGUUUCUUAGUUGACAUCACCCAGGAUUACGGAUCUGCAUUUUACUCUUGUGCUAUCGGCAUGGGGUUGGGGGCCUUGUUUCUUGGGUUGGUGCGUCCAGCCAAGAAAGGUCAAUGGUGCAGAAAGGCAAGAAGCCUGGAGGACGGUCCAGCAGAGAGAUACCCUGAAAGCACUUUUUAGGACAAAGAAAUUCUCAAACAGCUCCUGGAAGUUGAUUUUACUUUGGAGACCAGUUCUCUCAAACAGCAACCAGAGGGCAGCACUGUCACAGCGUGGCAUAAAUGACAAAAACAAGACUUGCAGUAAGCAAAUCAGUUAAAGAAACACUACGCACAAAAUGUAUACAUGGGAUUUUAAAUGAUCAGUAAACCCUGUGACAAAUGCACAGCUAAAUUCCAGCAAUUUGCCCCAUAUGUCAUUUGCAACGAAAAAGUGUUAAUUCUGCAAACUUUACCCCGUACACAUGAGAGAUAAUCCAUUCUGUUUUGUGCCAUUACAUGUUUCUAGCUAGGAAUUCAAAAGCAGAAUGGAAUGAUCGCUAUUCCAGCAGGGGGAUUUAAGCUGGUCAGAGUGCCCCCAGCUGGCCACCUGUGGUCACUACGCCCUGUCCUAGGCAGAGUCUCGUGCCUUGAAGUCUAAGCAGAUUGGUGUAGUUGUGAGUCACAUGAUUGUCUGCUGCCCUGUUUAUUUUACUGAAACGUUGACUACACCUUUAAAGUGAGAUCCUAAACAAACGGCAAGUACCAAAAUUGGGAAAGGGGAGAAAAUGGGUUUGUAAAAAUGUUAUAUGAUUCUUACUUUAAUUCUGUAAAUGCAGGGCAAAGCUGGUUUUAAUUUUCUAUUUAAAGUCAUCAUAUUGAAAUGGAAUCAAAGGACAUUUGACGCCAAAAACAAGCUGGAAUUAAAGCCAACAUUUUUCACUAUGAA